UUGUCCACGUGAGCUUUUUUCAGCUGUAUGCUGCAUAGAUCGAGUGGAUGGCGGAGGUUCCGUAGAAAUAAUGUAUUUUCGGUUUCAGAUCCUUUUAUACAUGUAACGAAAGUGUCAUUGUGUUUAUCGUGGCAAAUAGCGUAUCUUGUGCAACGCAGUCAUUUGUGUGUACGUGUGGAAAUGGCCAAAGAUUUUGCUGCAGCUUCAAGGGGCUGCGAUGCCAUCUCUUCGGAGAGCUCUGCAGUGAUUAAAGAACACAAAUCACGAGGGUUGCCAUUCAUGCAGAUGGGGUCAUAAGAUGGAAUCCAUAGAAAAAUGGAACAAAGAUGUUUUCGUACUUAAGCUGCCGGAUAAGAAGCUAAACUCCAAAAAGAAUGGCAUGAUAGCCAAGUAUGUUCACAAUCCGUCCAAGAUCAACAAUAGUCUGCAGCCCUCGAUCACUCGUUCAGAAUAUGUUACUGGCUCCUGUCCCAGCCUCAUCAUGAGUAGGCCUGCGCAGCCCGAGUCCCGGCCGGGAGCCCGGGUCCUGACCCCACAGAUGCCCCCCAGGACCCACCGGCCCCUCUGCUUCUCCAUCUCCUCCGACAGCAGCGGCCGCUUCAAGGCCCUGGAGACGCCCGAGUGGAAGAACAACCUCAAAGCGCAGAUGGAGCAGGCCCACAGCGCGGGGGCCGCCAGCAGCACGGGCUCCCUAGAACGCGCUUCCCUCUUCUGCGCCUCCGGUUCCACCGCGGCCCCCAGCUCCGGCCUCCCCAGCCCUGUGGAGCCUCUCGUCAAGAGCAGGUCCUCCAGCCGCUUCGCCCUCUUCUCCCCGCCUUGGAACAGCAGCACCGAGUCGGACUCCAACCCCCCGUCGCGCUCGGGCUCCAAGAAGCUGCGCAGCUACAGCUGCCGCGCCGGUUCCGGCGGGACGGGCGGCGCUGAGCCCAGGGCGGCGGACGGCGAGCACUUCCACUUCUCCGAGCCGGUCAUCUCCAAGGUGACCGACUACAUCUACGUGGGCAACCUGAACGCGGCGUACAGCGGGCGCACGCUGUGCAGGAACAACAUCGACAGCAUCAUCGACAUGAGCAGCCUGCCGGGGGAGGCGGGGCCCUGCCUCAUCCCCUGCACCUGCACGCGGGGGGCUCGGCACAGCUGGUCCCGCCUCAAGGUGGACAUGGGCGACCUAUCGGACGCCGUCGUUGAGGGCCCCGCCCUCCGGCAGCGCUGCUUCGAGGAUAUUAACGAAUGCAUCGACGCCUCCACGGAGAAACGCAAGCGCGUCCUGGUUCACUGCCGGGACGGCUACUCUCUGGCCCCAGCCUGCAUCAUUCAGUACCUCAUGGUUCGGCAGAACAUGAGGCUGAUCGCCGCCUACGAGCUACUCAGGGCCCGAUACCCAGUAAACAUCCGGGAGUGCCACCAGAACGUGCUGGUCAGCCUGGAGAGGGCGCUGCGUCCUGGCGGGGAUGUGGACCCUGAGUGUUUCAAACAGGCGAUCUCCCGAAAGGUGGCCUGGACCUGACCCAUCUUCCUGGUUAUUGUGGUAAUUUUUAUCUCAGCUUUUUUUUUUUUUGUGAUGCUAGCCUCAUCAAGUCCCUCCUGAAUCAGAUCUGUGAGUUGUGAUGUUGUGAUUCCCGUAGGAAUGAUCAAUGAGCUAUUUAAAGUAUAUAUAUUAAUAAAUGGGUUGUACUCCGCUGUUCGCAAGUUGGACUCAGAAUAAAUUCAUCAGGAUGAUCCUCUGCGGCUGUCUGUCACUCUGAUGGUCCAGUCUGCCUGCGGGGACCCUUGUUCUUCAGUGUAGCUGUCAUGGACACCCCCAAACACCUUUGUUUCCGAACUUUCCGAACUUUUGCGGUGCACUCUCUGUCAUGCUGGAUUGAAUGCUGUCAUUUCAGAGGAUCUCGGGUGACCCGGUGACAUGGAUGUGGGAUUUUAUGCCGAUCAUGGCAUCUUCCCUGGCUUCUGAUUGGCUGGGGGUGACUCAGACUUUUGUGGGGUAUGGGGAGGGAGAAGACCCCACGUGUGUGUGUGUGUGUGUGUGUGUGUGUGUGCUUUUCUUUUUAGACUUUCAGUUAUCCAGUAAUGCUCGUCCCUCACACAAGCAUUCUGGGUGACCGGUCUCGCUGAACGAGCAGGAUAAACAUUAUCCGAUUGUCCACAGAGCUCUCUGAUAACUUCAAGGGCAGUGGAGACAACACAGCAUGGGGCGUCUUCUCAUUGAUGCGUUUCCAUUGUGACAUCUCUUGGCAAUCCGGCGCCCGUGAGCAUGGCGUGCUUGUUUUUUGACACUGGUUUUGACCUGUCGCUGGGUGCCGCCUAACCGCAACGGAGAAGCUGUUAUUUUUUAUUUGAAUUACAUCCCUUUCCUCCUUCCUCAAAUCUACAAGCAUUGCAGAUCCAGGCAGUCAUUUCAGACACUGACGACCAUCCCCUUGUGCUUUCGCACGAAACCGUGGUGUUCGUGGAAUUUUCCGUGACGUUUUAGCACAGCACAGUCCUACGCUAUUCGAUAUUACAGAGUGUCGUAUGUGCUUGGUGUUCUGAUUGGUCGGCCGGUCAUCGGUGCCAGUAUUUAUCCAAACAAAUGUUGUGAUGACCAAAAUGCGAAACGUUUGUAACGUAACAUCUGACAGUGCAUUCUCCCAGUGUGUCUGGUAUUGAUAUUGUUUUUCAUUGAUGGAAGAUAUGGCUACUGUUCGUUUGAUUUCCAGGUAUUGGUUUUGCUAGUUGAUUUUUUAAUUUUUAAUAUAUAUAGACUGAUACUCCUGUCAGUGCUACGUAAGUCUAAGAACACUCAGGCAAAUUUUGUAAAACCAAGAAGUUCUGACCGUGUUGGAAAGGUAAUUUACAAAAACAUGCAAAGCCAGCAAUGUUUCUAGUGUCAUGGUUUUAAAGUCCAAUGUAUUUGUAAAUGGUGUAAAUAUUAAAGGCGACUUGGUGCAGUUGUACUAG